AGCACUGCAGCAUGACACAAGGACUCGAGCUGCCCCCCAUAUCACACCAUCCAGGGGACAACAUUGCCAGGCACAGGCGCUGAAAUUCCCAGGAACGCAAAAAAGGUCCGAAUCACCCAUCAUGAGACCCUCAACCACACCAAUGGUCCUUCCAACCACAGCCAUCCAUGCUCCUGGGACCAACCACAGCGGGGCUGUGGGACAACCCCAGCCAUCCUACACUGUCCUCAAGUUCAUGGAGAGCUUCUGCCUGCUGAGUGCUGCCUGUGGGAUGGUGGGGAACAGCCUGGUCCUGUGGUACCUGGGCUUCCGCAUCCGCAGGAACCACUUCACCGUCUACAUCCUGAACCUGGCGGCUGCCGACUUCGGGUACCUGCUGUGCAUCGCCGUGGAGACCGUGCAGUACCUGAUGCAGUUCAACGUGGGGGUGCAGUUUGGGAUCUUCCUCUUCCUGGAUCUCUUCAUGUAUGGCACAGGCCUGUACCUGCUGACGGCCAUCAGCAUUGAGCGCUGCCUGUCCGUGCUGUCCCCCAUCUGGUGCCGGACACACCGCCCGAAGCACCUGUCUGCCGUGGUGUCUGGCCUGCUCUGGGCCCUGUCCCUGCUCCUGAACACUCUGGGAUAUGUCCUGUGCACCGUUCGCCCCUCUCCCAGGGCCUGCCAGCGCCUGCUCAUCGCCAUCGGAGCCUUGGAUUUCCUCGUCUGCGCACCCCUCAUGCUGCUCUUCAGCCUCACCCUCUUCCUGCGGGUCAAGUGCAGCUCCCAGCCCUUCCAAACAGGCCGGCUCUUCACUGUCAUCAUGCUCACCAUCCUCUUCUUCCUCAUUUUUGCCGUGCCCCUCAGUGUCCUCAUCCUCCUGGACUUCCUGGGCCUCAAGUUCCUGUAUUCCCCAGAGAUUGGCUUUGUGCUGUCCUGCGUCAACAGCACACUCAACCCCAUCAUUUACUUCCUGGUGGGAAGCUACAGGGAUCGGAAAUUCCGGCUCACCCUCAGGUUGGCAUUCCAGAGGGCCUUCCAAGACUCAGCGGAUGACAGAGACGAGCGGGAAACGCGGGACACGAUAACCAUGUCCUCCUAAAAUCCUGCCUGGAAUGUCUUGGCAGAACUGAAGGACUCUGAGGUACUGGGGAAGGUUCAUCUCACCUGACCCUCAGUACCCUCUUUGUAGACAUUUUAGGUCAUA